AUGAGUCAACUAGGCUAUGAAGAUCUUGCCAACACACCGGCUGCCUCGCCACCGGCUGGCCAGACCUCGAAUUUCCUCAACCCCCCAUCGCAGCAGACCAUCAUGAUUGCUGUCAGUACGACGAUGAGCUUCCUGACUGUCGUCUUUGUGUCACUACGCCUCUACACAAGCCUUCGUAUUACUCGCUUGCCGGGAAUCGAAGACUGGCUUUGUGUACUAGCAGUCGUCUUCUCCUUCGGCUACAUAGGAAUCAUCUUGUCUUUGAGCUACGUAUCCAGACACAUGUGGGACGUUCCGGAGAUCUGGUUCACAGAAAACUACUGGAAAAUUCGAUUUGCUGGGAAUACCUUACAGGCUUUGGCGUACUUCACGUCUCGGAUGCCAAUCCUCUUGCUGUAUUUGCGCCUUUUCGGCCAGAAAAGGAGCUUUCGGAUCGCAUGCUAUGUUGCUAUUACGGCGGCUUUUGGUGUUUAUCUAGCUAGCAUCCCUCUGCUCUCCUAUUUCUGCACACCAUCUGCAGGCGGGGACUGGGGCUCCUUGGAUGUGUUCGCGAAGUGCAAGAGGCUUCUGGACUGGGCCAUGGUUCAAGGGAGCUGUGAUAUUGUUCUCAAUAUCUACAUUCUCCUCUUGCCUCUGACCGUGGUUCUUGGUCUACACAUGCCGCCGCGAAAGAAGCUGGGCGUGCUCGCGAUCUUCCUUACGGGCUUGCUGUAA